AAAGUUUCUGUUCUCUGGAUUGCAUUUUAAAGACGAUUUCUGUGAUUGAGUUGUCUUUUGGAAGAUUAAACCCAUUUCAAGAGGACUGGAAGCUGGUCCUCAUCUUGAGGAAGGAGUGGCUCGUGUUCAAGAAGCCACUUCUAAUCUAAGGAUCUCCUCAGCAUGCCUAAUCAAGGAGAAGACUGCUAUUUUUUUUUCUAUUCUACAUGUACCAAAGGAGACAGCUGCCCGUUCCGUCACUGUGAAGCUGCACUAGGAAAUGAAACUGUUUGCACAUUAUGGCAAGAAGGGCGCUGUUUUCGACAGGUGUGCAGAUUUCGGCACAUGGAGAUUGCUGUGUUGCCCACUGUGCCUGAGUCACCAGAAGAGGAUGUGAAGGCUGGUAGCCAGGUCACGGUUCAACAGAACAAAUUGUCUGUCCAGUCUAAUCCCUCCCCCCAACUGCGGAGUGUUAUGAAAGUGGAAAGUUCAGAAAAUGUUCCUAGCCCCACACAUCCACCAGUUGUAAUCAAUGCUGCAGAUGAUGAUGAAGAUGAUGAUGAUCAAUUUUCUGAGGAAGGUGAUGAAACCAAAAUACCUACCUUGCAACCAACUCCUGAACUUCAUAAUGGAUUAAGAGUGGCUUCUGCCCGGAAACCUGGAGUCAAUUUAAAGCAAGGUGAAUGUCUGAAUUUUGGAAUAAAAACUCUUGAGGAAAUCAAAUCAAAGAAAAUGAAGGAAAAAUCCAAGAAGCAAGGUGAAGGUUCUUCUGGAGUUUCCAGCCCUUUGCUCCAACCUGAUCCUGUUCCAGGUCCUGAAAAAGAGAAUGUCCGGACUGUGGUGAGGACAGUAACUCUGUCCAGCAAACAAGGAGAAGAACCUUUGGUUAGAUUGAGUCUUACUGAGAGACUGGGGAAACGAAAAUUUUCAGUAGGUGGUGAGAGUGAGCCUCCAUUAAAGCGUAGCCUUGCACAGAGGCUAGGGAAGAAAGUUGAAGCUUCAGAAACUAACAUUGAGAAGACACCAAAGAAAGUUCAAGUGUCUAAGUCUCUGAAGCAGCGAUUGGGCAUGUCCACUGAUUCAAACGAGGAGGCAGCAGAGAGAGUUCCUAAAGUUGGAGAGAUCCAUGUGAAGACACUAGAAGAAAUUCUUCUUGAAAGAGCCAGUCAAAAACGUGGAGAAUUGCAAACCAAACUCAAGACGGAAGGACCUGCAAAAGCUGAUGAUUCCACCUCAGGAACAAGAAGCUCCUCCACCAUCCGAAUCAAAACCUUCUCUGAGGUCCUGGCUGAAAAGAAACAUCGACAGCAGGAAGCAGAGAGACAAAAAAGCAAAAAGGAUGUAACUUGCAUCAAGUUAAAGACUGAUAGUGACAUUAAAAAAACAGUGGUUUUGCCACCUGUAGUCAGCAAAGGACAGUCAGAGGAGCCUACAAGUAGAACAAAGUCUAUGCAGGAGGUGCAUAUCAAAACACUGGAGGAAAUUAAGUUGGAGAAGGCACUGAGGGUGCAGCAGAACUCUGAGAGCAGCACCAGCUCCCACCCUCAGCCUGAAGGCCUCCCAGGAACAAGGCGGCUGCUCCGCAUUACCAAAAGAACAGGUAUAAAAGAAGAGAAGAAACUUCAGGAAGGAAGUGAAGUUGCUUCUCAGAGCAGUGUUACUACAACAGAGGCUAAAGAGGCUUCAGAUGAGACCACAGCAGUUGGCAUCACUAAAAUUCAAGUCAAGAGGUGUGAGACCGUGAGAGAGAAGCAAAUGCAGAAACAACAGGAGAGGGGAGUUUUACUGAAGGAAAAACUGGUUUUGACAACCCUUCAGGGAGAUGUAGCCUCUUGCAAUACUGAAGUGGUGGAGAAACCUGUGCCAGGCAUCACUCGGCACCUGACAAAGCGGCUUCCCACAAAGGCAUCCCAGAAGGUGGAGGUAGAAACCUCAGGGAUUGGGGAUUCAAUAUUAAAUAUGAAAUGUGCAGCACAGCCCUUGGAAAAAAGGGGUAAAGCUAAACCCAAAGUGAAUGUGAAGCCAUCUGUGGUUAAAGUUGUUUCAUCCCCCAAACUGGCCCCCAAACGCAAAGCAGUAGAGGUCCACCCUGCUGUCAUUGUGGCUGUGAAGCCACUCAGUCCCAGCAGUGUCCUGCAGGAAUGCCCAGCCAAAAAAGCAGCUGUGGCUGUUGUCCCACUCCUCUCUGAGAACAAAUCAGUUACUGUGCCUGAGACAGAAAAACCUAGGGACAGUCUCAUAAUGCUCCCAACCCAGUCAUCUUCAAAUCCCUCAUCACCAGAAGUAUCUGGCCCUUCCUCAUCCCAUAUGGCCACGAAAACUCGCCGACUCAGCUCUGCCUCAACAGGAAAGCCCCCACUCUCUGUGGAGGAUGAUUUUGAGAAACUAAUAUGGGAGAUUUCAGGAGGCAAAUUAGAAGCUGAGAUUGACUUGGAUCCUGGGAAGGAUGAAGAUGACCUUCUGCUUGAGCUCUCAGAAAUGAUUGAUAGUUGAAGGUGGAAGUGAAAACAUUUAAAAAAAAAAAAAAAAAAAAAGAACACCAAAAAACUGGACUUAGCUUCAUCUAUUA